AUGCUUUUUCCUCUUCCCGACAAAGCCAGUAUUUCCAAGGAUAGGAGAGUGAAAGGCUCUCUGUCCAGUACUCAGGCUGCCCGGUGUGGGUGGCUCAGUGAGAGACGGGAUGGUGAGAAGCCACUGGGGCCAAAAUUAGGGCUCUCAGUGACUGAGAGGAGCGGACAAGUCUUCAGUCAGCAGAGUUGGAUUUGGGAUGACAGACCAGGAUUUCUGGGGUCAGUGCAAAGGCCAGUGAGAGCCUCCUCCUUCCCUUCCCUGCUCAGCCCCUGGGGUCUUCUUCCUCCACAACGAGUACUGACGGAGGCCACGAAUGUUGAGAAAGCCUUAGUAGGUGGGAACUUGCCAGAGGUGGCCUCUGCCAUCAAGGAGACUCUGAAGAUAGUGUCCAGGACACCAGUCAACAUUGCUAUGGGGGACUCUGGCAAUGGGACGAACAUCUUCAUCAGUGCCCUUUGAAACACAGGACAUGAGGGGAAGGCCUCACCUCCUACUGGGCUGGUAAAAGCUACCCAAAAAUGUGCCCCCUAUUUCUCUUCCCACUUUCCAAAUGUGGUGUGGGACCUGCCUGGCACAGGGUCUGCCACCAAAACCCUGGAGAACUACCUCAUGGAAAUGCAGUUCAACCAGUAUGACUUCAUCAUGGUUGCAUCUGCACAAUUCAGCAUGAAUCAUGUGAUGCUUGCCAAAACCAUUGAGGACAUGGGAAAAUUCUUCGUUGUCUGGACCAAGCUGGACAUGGACCUCAGCACAGGUGCCCUCCCAGAAGUGUAGCUACUGCAGAUCAGAGAAAAUGUCCUGGAAAAUCCUCAGAAGGAACAGGUUUGUGAACACUAA